GUGUUUAGCACGUCUGCGCUGGGUGAGGUCUGACAGGCAGCGGCUCCUCUCAACAGUGAGAGUGACACUCUUUAUUUAUCUACAAACUGCUGUAAUAAUAACUAUGUUCAGGUAAAAUACGUAAUAACAUGUCAAAUAGGCCGUAAACGCAAAGAAAGGAUAUUUAAAAAAAGUGUUCUUAUGUUGAAAUCUGGUUUUUAUAAGACUCCCUGCACCGGUUGGGCGGGUUCCUGCACCGUCCGGGACGCGCAGGUGAGCAAAUCAGACAAACACAAGCGAGAGUGAUUUUUUUUUCUUGCCGUCGUCUUUUUAUGACGUAGAAGAAAAGCGACCCACACACACACGCCGCCGGUGUUUUUUACAGCAUUAUGGCGACUGUACGAGUCAGUGAGGCGGAGAAAGUCUACAUUUUACACGGAAUACGGGAUGAUCUGAGGGUGGAUGGACGAGGCUGCGAGGACUACAGACACGUGGAGAUAGAGACUGACGUGGUGUCCAACACUGACGGAUCUGCUAAAGUUACACUGGGCCACACUGCAGUGCUGGUUGGGAUUAAGGCCGAUAUUGGCAAACCGACGCCCCUAAUACCUAAUGAAGGUUACCUGGAGUUCUUUGUUGACUGUUCGGCCAAUGCAACCCCCGAGUUUGAGGGCAGAGGAGGCGACGAGCUGGGGACGGAGUUGAGCAACACUCUCUACAAAGUGUUCAACAACAAACACAGUGUGGACCUGAAGAGUCUGUGUAUCAGUGCAGGAGAACACUGCUGGGUGCUCUACGUGGACGUGCUGCUCCUGCAGUGCGAUGGAAACUUGUACGAUGCCAUUUCAAUAGCGAUCAAAGCAGCACUCUUCAACACAAAAAUUCCCAAAGUGCACAUCUCCGCAGAUGAGGAGGGGGCAAAGGAAAUUGAGCUGUCGGACGACCCGUAUGACUGCGUGAGACUGAAUGUAGAAAACGUCCCCUGUAUCGUGACCUUGUGCAAGGUGGGCCACAGACACGUGGUGGACGCGACGCUGCAGGAGAAGGCGUGCUCGGUGGCGAGCCUCAUCAUCUCGGUCACAAACAAGGGCACGGUCACCUGCACGAGGAAGGUGGGCGGAGGCAGCUUGGAUCCAGAGAGCAUCUUUGAAAUGACACAGGCCGGUAAACGGGUCGGUAAAGCUCUUCAUGCUCCACUCAUGAAGCUGCUGCGGCAGGAGGAGAGUUUGGGAAAGAAGAGACAGAAGGUCGGCUUCCUUGGUUAGGACUGUAGCUACAUGAUGUGUGCACAUGUAAAUGUAGUUUU